AUGGCUGGUACUGUCGUUGAUGUUCGUGAGCAUGGAAUUUGUGUGGACAAGAAGAAAUCUCGGGUUAAAUGCAAUUACUGUGGGAAAGAAAUGAAUUCCUUUCAUCGUCUUAAACACCACUUGGGUGCUGUUGGUACUGAUGUUACUCACUGUGACCAAGUUUCACUUACUCUUAGAGAGACGUUUCGAACGAUGCUUAUGGAGGAUAAAUCUGGUUAUACUACUCCUAAGACUAAGAGAGUUGGGAAAUUCCAAAUGGCUGAUUCGCGUAAGCGUCGGAAGACCGAAGAUUCAUCAAGCAAAAGUGUUUCUCCGGAGCAGGGGAAUGUAGCUGUGGAAGUUGACAAUCAGGAUUUGUUGUCAAGCAAAGCCCAAAAGUGCAUUGGUCGGUUCUUUUAUGAACAUUGCGUCGACCUUUCAGCUGUGGAUUCCCCAUGUUUCAAAGAAAUGAUGAUGGCACUAGGUGUUGGUCAGAAGAUCCCUGAUUCUCAUGAUUUAAACGGCCGGUUGCUUCAAGAAGCAAUGAAGGAAGUGCAGGAUUAUGUGAAGAAUAUUAAAGAUUCCUGGAAGAUCACCGGUUGCAGCAUCUUGUUGGAUGCUUGGAUUGACCCGAAAGGCCACGAUCUUGUUUCCUUUGUUGCUGACUGUCCAGCGGGUCCAGUGUAUCUUAAAUCCAUAGAUGUUUCGGUUGUAAAAAACGAUGUCACUGCCUUACUAUCGCUAGUAAAUGGGCUCGUUGAGGAAGUUGGUGUGCAUAACGUGACUCAAAUUAUUGCAUGUUCGACCUCUGGUUGGGUUGGUGAGUUAGGCAAACUCUUUUCGGGUCAUGACAGGGAAGUUUUCUGGUCUGUGAGUUUAUCCCAUUGUUUCGAGCUUAUGCUGGUGAAGAUUGGGAAAAUGCGUUCCUUUGGAGACAUACUUGAUAAGGUCAAUACCAUUUGGGAGUUCAUCAACAACAAUCCCUCAGCUUUGAAAAUUUACAGAGAUCAAAGUCAUGGAAAAGACAUAACAGUCUCCUCCUCCGAGUUUGAGUUUGUUAAGCCGUAUCUAAUUCUAAAGAGUGUUUUCAAGGCGAAGAAAAACUUGGCAGCCAUGUUUGCUUCAUCUGUUUGGAAAAAAGAAGAAGGCAAAUCAGUAUCAAAUUUGGUAAAUGAUUCCUCGUUUUGGGAGGCUGUUGAAGAAAUUCUGAAAUGUACAUCUCCUCUGACUGACGGUCUGCGCUUGUUUUCAAAUGCCGACAACAAUCAGCAUGUCGGAUAUAUCUAUGACACUUUGGACGGCAUAAAGCUGAGUAUCAAGAAGGAAUUCAAUGACGAGAAAAAACAUUACCUUACAUUAUGGGAUGUGAUAGAUGAUGUCUGGAACAAGCACCUCCACAAUCCUCUUCAUGCUGCUGGUUACUAUCUGAAUCCAACUUCUUUCUACUCAACUGAUUUCCAUCUUGAUCCAGAAGUUUCCAGCGGUCUCACCCACUCUCUGGUUCAUGUGGCAAAAGAAGGUCAAAUUAAAAUUGCCUCACAGCUUGAUAGGUACAGACUCGGUAAAGAUUGUUUUAACGAGGCCAGUCAACCUGAUCAGAUCUCGGGAAUAUCUCCAAUUGAUUGGUGGACUGAAAAGGCGAGCCAGCACCCAGAGCUGCAGAGUUUCGCCAUUAAGAUUCUGAGCCAGACAUGUGAAGGUGCUUCAAGGUACAAGCUGAAGAGAAGCUUAGCAGAGAAGUUGUUGCUAACUGAAGGAAUGAGCCACUGUGAACGAAAGCAUCUGGAAGAGUUGGCGUUCGUUCAUUACAAUCUUCAUCUACAAAGCUGCAAAGCCUAACUAAGCUAAGAGCAGUGAAGAGAUUGUGAUGCAAAUGUGGACUGACCCGUUCAGCUUUUAGUCAUUGUGCAGAUUUAGUUUUGGAGUUUGUAUUUUCUUUUGUUCAUUACAAUUUCCAUCAAUGCUGGUGAAUAUAUACAUGAAAAUGUUAAUGCACUUAUUUUGGUUAAUUAUAAUGAGAUUUGUCCU